AAGAAGCUUCAAGGAGCCAUUUGGGUGCACCCCCACCGAAUCUGCAAUCCAAUCGCCCACAUCGGAAACAUACACGUGUCAUCACACAAAUGGUCGCACGUGGCCCUAACGGAAAAUCAGAAUCGGAACGUUAAGAGGGCCCCACACUGCACUUCCUUGACCACCACCACCUUUUUAUUUUCUUUUUCAUUUCAUUUUCUGCUCUCUCUUCUUCUUCUUCAUCUUCAUCUUCUGAAGCUUCGUGAUUCUUCUGUCGUCACAUUUCGUUCUCUAAUGGCGGAGGAAUUUUCGAGAGCGGUGGACGACGGGCUGAAAUUAUCAAAGCGAAUUUACUUCGGGAAGGACAGGGCGGUGGCGCCGCCCAAGCUGCCGGCACCGAUGGCUAGGUCACCGGACGCGCUUCUUCCCACCGCGCCGAUGGUUUAUGCCGUGAUUUACGAUCCAGGGAUCGUGGAUAACCCUGACAUCCCGAGCUACCAGCCUCAUGUGUAUGGACGGUGCGACCCUCCGGCGCUGAUUCCCCUUCAGAUGAACGGUGUUGAGAUGGAAAUUGAUUGCUAUUUGGAUACUGCGUUUGUCACCGUUUCUGGUUCGUGGAGGCUCCAUUGCGUCAUGGGUAGCCGCGCGUGUGAUUGCCGUAUUGCUAUUCCCAUGGGGCACCAGGGUUCAAUUCUAGGUGUGGAAGUUACUGCUCAUAGAAAAACAUACUCUACUCAGCUUGUUGUAAUGGAAGACAACAGUGUGAAUGAAAAUGCCACCAUUGCUCAACAAGGAGGCUUUCUCAAAUCAAAUAUAUUUACUUUGACUGUACCUCAGAUUGAUGGGGGUACCAAUUUAUCGAUUAAAAUUCAAUGGUCUCAGAAAAUAGUGAAUUGCAAUGGGGAGUUGACUUUGAACGUGCCUUUUACCUUCCCUGAAUUUGUCACCCCAGCUGGGAAGAAAAUGUCUAAAAAGGAAAAGAUACAAAUCAAUGUGGAGGCUGUUGCUGGAAGUGAGCUUCUGUGCAGGACAAUGAGCCACCCCCUAAAGGAAAUGAGGCGUGAUGCUGGGAGUAUUGGUUUCUUAUAUGAUUCCCAAGUUCUCUCGUGGUCAAAUACUGAUUUUAGCUUUUCAUAUGCUGUUUCCUCCAGUCGUAUAGAUGGUGGUGUUCUUUUGCAAUCUGCAUCUGUGCAUGAUUUUGAUCAAAGAGAGAUGUUCUACAUGUACCUUUCUCCCGGAGAUAUUCACCGUAAGAAGGUAUUCAGAAAGGACAUAAUAUUCGUUAUUGACAUCAGUGGAAGCAUGCAGGGAAAGCUAAUUGAUGACACAAAGAAUGCACUAUCGUCUGCCCUCUCUAAGCUUAAUCCUGAUGAUUCAUUUAAUAUUAUAGCCUUUAAUGGAGAGAGUUAUCUAUUUUCAAAAUCGAUGGAACCGGCUUCUAGUGAUGCUGUUGAAAAGGCCACUGAGUGGAUGGAUGUGAACUUUGUCAUUGGGGGUGGUACAAAUAUUUUGCGUCCCUUAAACACGGCAAUAGAGAUGCUAUCCGGUGCUCAAAGUUCAGUUCCAAUAAUUUUCCUAGUUACAGAUGGAACUGUUGAAGAUGAGAGGCAAAUUUGUGAUUUGGUAAAGAAUCAUAUGACCAAUGGAGAGUCAAUAUGCCCCCGAGUUUACACUUUUGGCAUAGGCUCAUUCUGCAAUCACUAUUUCUUGCGAAUGCUUGCUGCAAUUGGUAGGGGCCAAUAUGACGCUGCAGUGGAUGUCGAUUUGGUUGAGCCUCGAAUGCUGACGUUGUUUGAAAAGGCAUCAUCUCUCAUUCUCGCAAAUAUCAAAAUGGAUGUAUUGGAUGAUAUUGAUCAACUUGAGGUAUAUCCUUCCCACAUUCCAGAUCUUUCAACAGAGGGUCCAUUGAUUUUAUCUGGCAGAUAUAAGGGAAAUUUCCCCGAAACUGUUAAAGUCAAAGGUAUCAUGGCUGAUUUCAGUGAUUUUGUAAUAGAUAUGAAGAUUCAAACAGCUAAGGACAUACCUGUACAAAGGGUUUGUGCAAGAGAUCAAAUAGAGCAUCUUACUGCUCAAGCAUGGCUAUCCGAAAACAAACAAUUAGAACAGCAGGUUGCCAAACUAAGCCUGCAGACUGGCUUUAUGUCUGAGUAUACACGUAUGGUAGUACUUGAAAAUGAUCAUCUAAAGAAAGCCAAAGAAUCAGCUGGUGGGAAAGAAGUGUCAAAAAAGAGUCAUGCUCCACACGAGGCAAACACAAACGUACAGGGCCAGAGAAUGAUUUUACUCCCACACAUAGGUGUCGGCUUUGGCAACUUGACUGCAACUGCUGAAAACACUCCUCCAGGAGCUGAAAAGAUGCUUGAAAUGCCCGAAAUCUUUAAGGCGGCCUCAAAUUGUUGUAGCACCUUGUGCAGUUACUGCUGUUGCAUGUGCUGCAUCCAGUGCUUUACCCGAAUGAACAACCAAUGUCUCACUGCAUUGACUCAGCUUUGUGUUGGUAUAGGAUGCUUCGGCUGCCUCACAUGUUGUUCAGACAUAUGCUGUGGUGGAAACGAUAGUUGAAAUCUCAAUUUGUUGAAUGAUUUUUGUAUUUUACAGCAUAGAAAUUAGUGUUUGAUUAUAUAGCUGUUAUUUUGAGAAUGUGUACAGGUUGCUUAACUUGUGCUGUAUAUAUAGCUUCUCUAUGAGGAUAGUUUUCCAGGUUUAAACCUGCAAUAGAAAGUAAAUUAUAUACACUUGUACCGACAAAGAAGAAAGUGAAUUACAGAAAGUGUCUGCUUUUCCAAUUGAAAGAAACAAUUUUCUUUUGAA